CUCUUCCUCAGCUUCCUUCUCAGCCUCUCUCUGGAGUCCAAUCAGACUCUGUUAAGAGGUCUACCAACACAGACAAGAAGCAGCUCACAGAGCCAUAAGGAAACAGUAGAAUACAUCAAGGAGAAUCCCUCUCCAGAGAAGUGCAUCAGCCUGUUCCACUGUCUGAAUGAGCUGGAUGACCAUUCUUUAGUGGAGGAGAUCCAAAGGCACCUGGGAUCGGGAAUUCUCUCUAAGGCCAAACGUUCACCUCCAGAGUGGUCAGCUCUGAUCUUUGUGUUGCUGACCCCAGAAGAGAUGCUGGAUAUUUUCGACCUGAGAAAAUACUCUGGUUCGGAGGAGGGUCUGCUGAGGCUGCUGCCAGUGGUCAAAACCUCCAGAGUAGUGCUACUGAUGGGUUACAACCUGACAGAAAAAUGCUGUGAAGCACUGGCCUCUUCUCUCAGCUCCUCUCAACUGAGAACGCUGAACCUGAAUGAUAAUGAUCUGCAGGAUUCAGGAGUGAAGCUGCUCUCUGGUGGACUGAGGAGUCCACACUGUAAACUGGAAGUUCUUAUUUUGUUAUUAUAUGGGAUCACAGAGGAAGGCUGUGCUUCCUUGACCUUGGUUCCGAGUUCAAACCCCUCACACCUGAGAGAGCUAAAUCUGGACUACAGUCACAUAGGAGACUCAGGAGUGAAGAUUCUCUCUGCUGCACUGGAGCAUCCAGACUGUAAUGUAAAACUCAGAUGCCUAUGAGCUGACACUGGACCCAAACACAGCUCACAGACGCCUCUCCGUCUGAGGGGAACAUAACGGAGACGGGAGACAGAGGAGAAACCGUAUCCUGAUCACCCAGACAGAUUUCAAUGCUGGUCACAGGUUUUGUCUAGACAGAGGAGCAACCAUAUCCAGAUUAGAGUUGCUGUUAUCCAAUAUAUGUAUGAUAUAGGCUACUGCACAGUACGCAUGACAGACAAACAUAAAAGCCCAUAGAUGUAGCUAGCUAUAUGCUCUCUUUGGUAAAUAAAUGAAACUAGUGUGAACUGUAUUACUGUACUGUAUUAUACUGUAUUAUAUGGGCUGGAAUUACGCACAUUGUUCAAACCACGAUAAAGCAGAAGAGAACAUGCGGAGCACAUGCGGCCUACAAAGUUACAAGUAUAGGCUAAAGAAUUUGAUUUAAAUUUUGAAAUAUAAUAGGGCCUAUUUGUAUACCUAGUAGGCUGACGCAUAUAUACCUUUCAUAAUAUUCCCCUAAUGUUAUUAGCCUACUUCCUCUUUCUCUAUUGUUGCUUCAUUCCUUCAUCGCUUUCAACAGUUCAAUUAAAUACUUUUCGUUGUCCUUAUCUUCAUCAUUCUAAUGACAUCCAUUAAUAAUAUUGGACUAGAAUUAGAAACAUAAUGCUUUCACUUCUCUUCACGAAGAUUGAAUGGUCAUGAUUCCGAAUAAAUAACUGAUAUAGCCUACAGCUAUCGCGCCCAUUUGCUCUUCUUUCAAACUACCCGUGAGUUCUAUUGGCUGUUGUAUUUAGCAAUCAUAAACAUAUAAUGCCCAGCAAUGUAUUUUAGUCUAGUUUUUCCUGCAUGGGAUUGGAAGAGCUACGGAACGUUUUUUAAGGAGAGGUCAGCGGAGCACAGGUGUGUGCGUACUGUAAAUUAGACUCUUACUAUGCACAACCCAUUAUUAAUUAGCUAAAUAUAAGGCUAUUACUGCAUUGAAUGUAUUACCUGAAAGAGGUAGGCUAGGACAUCUAUAUAUAGGGCUAUAUAUCAAUCUAGAACAAGAUGAUCUAUUUUGGAUGCAAUUUGAAUGGAGUUGAUAGAGAGAACAAGACUGCGAGAGAGUGCUCGCGCGUGCACUGAUACAAUGCAAUGGUGUUUGAGUGAUAGGAUGUUUUAAAACUACAGCUGCAAUUGAAAAAAAGUAUAAUCUUUCAAAUUAAAAAACAAGGUGACCCCCGAAAGCCAGAUGGACGGGCAUUCGCUCUUUAUAUUACUGUAGCAUAGGCUAUGCUGCAACAACUGUACGCCUACCUGUCACAAGAAAACACGUUGACAUGAUGAAAUGAUAGUUCGAAAUGCAUUGUGAACAGCGCUCCAUACUGAGAUAGGAUGUCUGUCCCCACCUUGAGUGUUGAUUCAUCAUACAGACGCCGUAGAGAAGACCGAUUUAGACAUUGCAUAUCAUUUAACAGUUCCAUUUCACGCGAUGCUGUUCAUAUAAAUGAUUUAUUAUAAUUUACUGGUUUCUCACAGUUAUUUAUCCCGGGAAAGGGGAGUGGUUUUGGGGCAGUAAAUCUCGGUAACCGGGCUCCAGCCA